AUGCCGCUUUUACGGUCCUUCGACACCGACGCUCCAACUCUAUUUCGAUUGUUACCUUGGAAUCAUCCUCAUGGCGGCCCACCCCGGUUCCACACCGUGCGGCGUUCUCCAGCUGAGGCACCAUUCAUCGUGGAUUUCAUGUCGACCGUUCCACCCUCUGCUGAAAUACGCAGAACCCAUACGAAUCUUCCUCGGUGA